AUGUAUUCAAAAAUCAAAUUGGAUUAUGAGGAAAAAAAGAAAUUGAAUAAUGAAUUAACACUUUCUCAAUAUUUUGAAAAUGAGAAAUAUUUGGAAAGGGAUUGGUACGGUGAAUUUUCAGUGGUAAAGAAGCAUUUGAAACCAAUAAUGAAGAAUUUGAAAAAGGAUUCUACAAUUUUGAUUUUGGGAGCUGGACUUUCAACACUUCCUGUUGAUAUUUACAAAAUGGGUUACAAAAAUAUUGUAUGCACAGACAUUUCUCAAAGUUUGUGUGAAAUGAUGAAAGAAUAUUCCAUUGAAGUUUUAGGAGAGAAUUCAAUUCAAUAUAUUUUACAAGAUAUGAGAAAUAUGGAAAGUACAUUUGCUGAAAACUCAUUUGAUAUUGUGAUUGAUAAGGCAACAUUAGACUCUUUAUACAUGGAAGAAGAUGCAGAAUCCUACGAAGAAGGAAUUGUUGAUAAAGGAAUUGAAAAUGUGAGAACAGUUCAACACCAAGUCAUAAGAAUUUUAAAACCAAAACGUAAAUGGGUUGUAUUUAGCCAAUACGAUUACUCAUUAGAACCAGAAACUGAGGAAGAAUCCAAAGAUGACUUGAUUUCAUUCGACACCCACAAUUGUUCAAAAAUCAGCAUUACACAUGAUGAUGAAGAAAGUUUGUUCGUCUAUGUACUAACAAAAUAA